GCCUUCCAGGAUGAUGCAUUUGCUUUUUUUUUUCUUAAUAUAUAAAUUUAUUUAUUUAUUAUUUUAUUUUUGGCUGUGUUGGGUCUUCGUUGCUGUGCGUGGGCUUUCUCUAGUUAUGGCGAGCGGGGGCUACUCUUUGUUGCGGUGCGCAGGCUUCUCACUAUGGUGGCUUCUCUUGUUGCGGAGCAAGGGCUGUAGGCGCAUGGGCUUCAGUUGUUGCGGCGAGUGGGCUCUAGAGCGCAGGCUCAGUAGUUGUGGUGUAUGGGCUUAGUUGCUCCGCAGCAUGUGGGAUCGUCCUGGACCAGGGCUCAAACCCAUGUCCCCUGCAUUGGCAGGAGGAUUCUCAACCACUGUGCCACCAGGGAAGCCCCCGGGUACUUUUUAAGCCUGCUCUUUCUGCUUCCCCUGCAGUCUCUUUCUGUUUAAUCUAGGUCUUGCUUUCAUUAGUUCCGUCUUAGGGUAAGGUCUACUCCUUCUGUAAGGAAAUACUAGCUGCAGAUUUCUGAACUCCUUAAGUCCUGAGAAUCUCCCUCAGCGUUUCGAGUUCUUCCUAGGCUUCUUUGUAACUUCUUUAGGCCUCCUGUUUGGGUUUCCCUUUGGCAGAGGUAAAUGGAGUUUAGGGGUUUGUCUUUUUUUUUUUUUUUUCUUUUGUUGCUAGUCUUGUUGUUCAUAAUUAGACUUCAUUACAACACUUCUCACUCAGGGUGAAUCCCUUAUUCUGAGAAUGAAUAUUUGCUAGUUAUUUCUGAGAUCUGUUACCUCAAAGACUUCUCGCCAUUAUCUAGUCUUUCUUGCUACACCUAUUACACUAUUGUGGUUCCUGUACCACUUCGGCUAUUUUGGGUUUUGGGGCCGCACUUACAAAUAAUUUAGAGUUAACAUAAAUUCUCUACUAGUUUCACUACAGAUGUAGUGUAUGGAUUAGCUUCUUGCCCCCUUGUUCCACCCUCCCCAUUACCCCAUUAUUCUUGAUGUUUUAUAUGGUUUUCAGGAAAAGUAUUUGAAAGAUUGAAACUAAGCAUCCACCAUGCUCCUGUGAAACCUUUCCUUGUGUUCUUGACCUUUGGUGUUCCUAGGAUUCCAUCCUUGACCAUCUUCAUGUACUGUGUAUGUUCUCUAUAAGCAGUCACAGUAGUAUUCCACCUGUCUUCAACAGCAGUGAUAUUCUGACAACUGACAAAUUCCCAUUUCCAUUCUAGGCUGUUCUGAGCUCCUAAUUUAUAUAUGCAGUUGUGUAAUGGAUAUACUUGCCUGCAUGAUCCUCAGAAACCUGACACUCUGAAUGUCCAGAAGAUCAAACUUGAUCUCCUUUUGCAGGCUGUUUCUAGGCAACUCGCCCUCUCAUGUUUAUCUCUGUGUACAUUACUGUUUAAAGCAGGCUCUAAGCCUUCCAUCUGCCACACCCCAGUACAAGCUGGUGACCAAACUUUUUCAACACACAUAGUAGAUAGAGUGUGUAAGUAGUAACAGGUUUUUUUAGGAUUUUGCUUUUUUUUUAAUGAUUUCAACUUUAUAGAAAAGUUGCAUGUACCCUUUCUAGAGAAGGGUACAUGUGCAGAGAAGUCCCAUAUACCCUUUACCCAAAUUCACCAAUCAUUUACUUUUUUAUCGCUUUAUUUUUCCUUCUCUUAUUCUCCAAAUAUGCGUGUAAAUUUUUUUUCUGAACUAUUUGAGACUAAGUUGUAUACGUGCUUCCUUUAUCUGCAAAUACUUCAGCAUAAAUUUUCUAAGAACAAGGACAUUCUUAUACAUAACCAUGGUACAGUAAUCAAAAUCAGAAAAUGUAAUGCUAAUACUAUUGUUUAAUUCAAAAUCCAUAUUCAAAUUUUGUCCAUUGUCCCAAUAAUGUUCUUAAAAACGUUUUUUUGAAUGUGUGGAUGAACAUAUAUUUACAGGACAUUUUUAGUAUAUAGUUUCUUUCAGAGUAUAUUGCUAACAAAGUAAAUAUUAGAACUCCAGGAAAACUUCAGUUUUUAUUCCUGAGUACUGUCAAGAACAACUUUAUCCAUGUGGCUUAGUUCUGUUAGGUGUAUGUUGUUAUAGUCAUAGAUAAUGAGUAUUGAAUUUCAUCCAGGAAUAAGGGCCACAGUUAAAAUCCAUUUAGGAGCCUACAUAGGAACGUGGUGCUAGAGAACAGUAGCAGCCAGUCAUGUAAGGUAUGAACAGCUUUUCCUAUGUAGGUCAAAUUUUCAAAAUACAUUCCCUCUUUCUUCCUCCAUUUCUGGAUGUAUUGGAGCCUUAAAAGGUUUAAUGAGUGUAUGACUUUGAAAUUCAGAACCCAAAUAGUCCCUUUGCUCAUAUAGUUGUGUGUGCUUUAAUCUCUAAGACAAAAAGUCAUUACUUUGUUCUUUUUCACAGGGUCGCUUCCUUGUGCAUUCCUGGAGACUGCACCUUCCUCAUCCUUCAGAAGGCCAGGAGGCCCCAGGGCUCAGCCUGAGUUCUAGGACAGAACUUUGGCUCCAGCAUUAACAUUCUAGUGCUGUGUCAUUUCCCCAAUAGCAGGUUAUAAGCUGGCCAAGCUGUAUGUGAUCCUCUGUUGAAGCAAGAAGACGAACUCUGGAUGGUGGAGAAAGAAGUGUAAAGGAAAUUUGUCCAGAAGAAGCCUGAGAAGAUGAUGAGCAGAUAGAGAGGCAUCAAGACUUGGGAGGCAAGUUGCAUCCAGCUCCAGUAAAGUACAGACUGAGGAAAAAAGCAGUGAAUAUAAGAAAAUUGGAAAAAUACUUCCUCUGAUCUCAGACCUUAUAUCUUUUAAGGCAACACCUUUUUCAACUUAACCUAGAAAGAGUUUGAAACACAAUUUAGACUAAGUUGUGUAGGAAAGAAUCAUCAAUUAGUUUGGAAAUCCUGCCACAGCUUACUCCUUGUGGUAAUAACCCCCUUUAGGUGUAAAUCAGUGUGGAAAUGCCUUCAUUUAAAAAAUUUUGAACCCCAUAUGAUAUCAGAGCAUUCAUACUGGAGAGAAAACCUAUGAAUUUACUGAAUGUGGUAAAACUUUCACUCAUAUGUUGCACCUCAUAAAUGUAGAAAUCAGGCUGGAGAGAAACCCUGUGCUUCUAAGGAAUAUUAAAAAGUCUUUAGCUAGAUAACACAUCUCAUUGAGUAGAAGAAAAUUCAUACUGGAGAGAAACCAGUGAAUGUAACAAACUUCAUUUGAGUAUUAGAAAAUUUAGAGUUGAAGAGAAAGCUUUGAAGGUACUAAGUAUGAUAAAGUUUUCUCUUGAACCUUAUUUCUUACUCUGCAUUUGAAAGGUCAUACACACAGAAGCCCUACAAAUGUAAGAAAUGUGGAAAUACCUUCAGCUAAAAGUAAAUUCUCAUUCAUCAAAAAAUUCAUACUGGAGAGAAAUCUUGUGAAUGUGGGAAAGCUUCCAUUCAGAUGUCACACCUCAGUCAGCAGAGAAUUUGUAGUGGGGAAAACCCCUUUGCCUGUAAGGUAUGUGGGAAAGUCUUCAGCCACAAAUCAACUCUCACUGAGCAUGAGCAUUUUCAUAAUAGAGAGAAACCUUUUGAAUGUAAUGAAUGUGGAAAAGCAUUCAGCCAAAAGCAGUAUGUUAUUAAACAUCAAAAUACCCAUACUGGAGAGAAGCUUUUUGAAUGUAAUGAAUGUGGAAAAUCCUUCAGCCAGAAGGAAAACCUUCUUACCCAUCAGAAAAUUCACACUGGAGAGAAACCUUUUGAGUGUAAGGAUUGUGGGAAAGCUUUCAUUCAGAAGUCGAACCUCAUCAGACACCAGAGAACUCACACAGGAGAGAAGCCCUUUGUAUGUAAGGAGUGUGGGAAAACUUUCAGUGGCAAAUCAAACCUUACUGAGCAUGAGAAAAUUCAUAUUGGAGAGAAACCCUUUAAGUGUAGUGAAUGUGGAACAGCUUUUGGUCAGAAGAAGUACCUCAUAAAACAUCAAAAUAUUCACACUGGAGAGAAACCCUAUGAAUGUAAUGAAUGUGGAAAAGCCUUCUCUCAGCGAACGUCACUUAUUGUACAUGUGAGAAUUCAUUCAGGUGAUAAGCCUUAUGAAUGCAAUGUAUGUGGAAAAGCCUUCUCUCAAAGUUCAUCUCUUACCGUGCAUGUGAGAAGCCAUACAGGUGAGAAACCCUAUGGUUGUAAUGAGUGUGGGAAAGCUUUCUCUCAAUUCUCAACCCUUGCUCUACAUUUGAGAAUACACACAGGUAAGAAGCCUUAUCAAUGUAGUGAAUGUGGGAAAGCUUUCAGCCAGAAAUCACACCAUAUUAGACACCAGAAAAUUCAUACUCAUUAAAAACCUGUGGAUAUCAUGAAAGGUGUUCAUCAGGAAUUUACAUCUCAUGACAUAUCAGAAAUAAUCAUUCUGAAGGAAAGCAUCACAAAUGAGAGAAACAAAAGCUAAAAACUUAAAGGAUACCAGAGAAUUCAUCCUGAAGAGAAAGACAUUUGUAUGAUAAUAUCCAGUAAAAAAAAAAAACAGCAAAGGUAAUGCUGAAACUUUAGAUGCAUUUCCACUAAAAUUGGGAAUGGAAAACAUGUUUAACAUUGCCAUCUGCAUGGAUCUGGAGAUCUUCACCAAUG